CUUAAUACAGAAACUUAAGAUAAGCUGGACAAAAAGGAUGACACCGAAAAAGAAAGAGAGGAAGAUGCAAAUAACAAGAAAUGAGUCACCGCACCAGUGUGUGUGUCACAAGCGCAGAUGUCUGGGUGCGCUUUCCUUCCAUUCACAUGUUAAAGGGCAUCUGAUAACUCUGGGUGAAGGUGGUCGACGGGCGACCAGAGACGAGUCGUCGUUUCGUCACGGUCUUGUGUUUAGCGAGAGACCGGUACAGAUACGGGAGAAGGUGCGCCUGCGAAUCGAGCGCUCCUCGUCUAGUUGGCAGGGCUCGCUGCGGGUCGGGUUUGCCAAUGUUUCACCCGAGAACACAUCUGUACCCCCUCUAGCGAUACCAGACCUGACUGACUGCGAACUGUAUGCAGCGACAGUGCUUCCCGAUAGCACGUGCUACCCUGGAUCAGAGAUUGAGUUCUGGAUCGACAGGGACGGCAGUCUAUGCACGCGAAGUUCUGACGGGACAACGUCGUUUCAGUCGACCACUCUGAAUAUUCACUGGCCCAUCUGGGCGAUGAUUGACGUCUAUGGACAGACAACCGCAGUGGUGUUGCUUGGUUCCAAAAAGAAGGGUCUGAUACGCACCUACACGUCCUGCCCUGCGCUCACACACAACAAGCAAAAUGAUGAUGACUGUGGCUAUAGGCACAUGAGCAAAGCAAUUCUGGAAAGUAUGAGCAUGCAGGAACAGAGAAACCAUCAUCCUAAAAACACAGGUUUUGAAACUUUCGACUGCGAAGACUGUGUAGUGUGUUGCAGUAACGUCUCAGACACUCUUCUGAGUUGUGGUCAUAAAUGUGUUUGUACCCCUUGUGCCAUAAGAGUUUAUGAUGAGUUCGGUACCUGUCCCCUGUGUCGUCAGUGCAUAUGCCUCGUCCAGUUUAUCUAGUGGCCAAACUAGUUUGUUAUUGGUCAUUUCAGAAGUGCUGUGGUUAUAUGUAUAGAUCACUGCACUCUCCACCUGUCUCUGAUUUGUAAAUACAACAAUUAUGUAUACGUGAUAGACUCUUCCAUUAUCAUUUUUUAGUGUAUGUAAACAUGUAAAGUGGUGCUCUCUUUGUUUGGAUCUGUGUUUAUUCAAAGUUAAUUCAUAUUCAUUGUUUUAUGAUAAUGUAAAUAUGUAUUGUACAACACAUUCUUUUAAAUACACUUUUUUUGUAAGUAUGCGUGACUUUAUUCUCAUCAAUUUCUUAAACUGUUCUUAAACUGCAGUACACAAAGCGUACCCAGGUGAGUGCGUCAUGAACUGUUGAAGCAUUUUGAAGGUUUUAUUUGGUAUUCGUCUUUAAAAAGUAUGUAAACGAACAAUUUCUACAUCACCAAUAUUUAGAAUUUCUCAAUUUCUCCCAAUCAUUUACAAUUUAAAUAUAACUUUUAUAACACAAAUUUGAUUUGUGUGUAGGUAACGUACCCCACAAUUUAUCAGUAUUGAGUAGGUUUCCACUAAAAACGUUCAUAACGCAUAUGCAUGCAGUACAGACAUUUCAUUUGUAUAAGGCAGUUAAAAUGGAAUACAGUUUUUAAGCAAUACCGUAUAGAACAAAAAACAUUUUGAUUAAGAAUAGACAAUGCAAAAAUAAAUAGUAAUUAUUAAAAAAAUAAUGUAAGGUACUGUAAUGUAAACAUUAUUCCACAUAGAGUCCAUGUUUUUCAAAAACGUUUAAAAUUAUGUUGCAUAUGCAGAGUCUUUGAGUUGUUGUGCACAAAGUAGGAGAGAAAGAGUUUAUUAAUCGUACAGCAUAUUCAUCCAAAUCUACCCCUCUUUAAUGCAAAUCUAUUAAUCUUAAAUGCAUAUUACGAAACCAUAAGUAUAUGCUUGGAAUAUCUUCAUUCAUAAAAUAUUAUUACAUUCAUGAUUUUAGUUACUUUUACGUUUUCCUU